GCAACCAGGUAGGAUCAUCCCAGAAGAAGAAACUGGUCGUGUAGGGUUAGGGAAUGAAAAGUACCCAAGCGUUCUAUCAGAUUCUGUGACCACACCUUCACAAGACAAAACUGCUAUUGUAAUAGAGCCUUCUGCUGCAACCCCUGAAGAAACUAUUGAUGAUGAAACCGCCACUGGUAAAGAAAGUGCACCUCUACCAACAGUAUGUACAGAGGAAUUCCAGAGUAAAAAAACUACACAAGAAGUACCACUUGACCAAUCCACACUAGAAAUCCCCCCAGAUACUGAUUCUCAAUCAAAUGAGGUCGACUCAUUCAAAGCCACUAAAGUAGAUGAUAUGGAACCUACAGCACAUGUAAAAAAUAUAAAACUCACAGUAGAACAACAAGUCACUGAUGCCCUUGUUACAACCGAGACAAUUAUUGUAACUGAAUCUGAAAUGUCAGCAAGUGUCAAAACUGCUCAAAAUCAAGAAAACAUGUGUGAACCAACAGAGACUCCAGAAUGUUUGAAAACUAGUUCCACAAAAGCUUUGCCGAUCACAAGCAUUCCUGAAGUCAGUCAUGAUGUAGAAAUCAGCAUCAAGUUGUCGAAUACGGAAAUGUUAGCAACAGAUGCGUCAGACACAUCACAUUCUGAAGACAAUAAAUUGUCUGCAGAUUCUUCAAAGGAUAUUGAUGAUUUGACUAAAGAAUUCGAUGUUCAACCUUCAUCAUCUGGAGACAAACAAGACAUAUUGACGACGAUUAACGACCUUACAGUGGUAUCAGAAGAAGAGAUCAAAGAAGCAAAAUUGAGCACUAGGUUAGAAGCUGAAGUGGUUUUAGCAAGUCUGGAAGAAACUGGUGACGAAACGGUAAAAAUCAAAGACAAAGCUGUUACUAAAUCGACUGAUGUCAUCACACUAUCCGGUGACAUUGAGACGAGAGAAGUAAUAACUGAAAAAGAUCAACAAAAGGAAAGUGACGAUGUAAUUGCACCAUCCGACACCGUGAGUGAAAAGCGUCCAUUAAGUGAAGAAACAAAGGAUGCACAAGGUGACAAAGCUGAGACAACUAAUAUCAUUGCAGCAAGUGCUCAAGACAUGCAACGAGUGGAGGAGAUCGGAGAAAGCAAGGAAACAAUUAAAAAACCCGAUGAAGCUGGAUUAACAGUAACGAAAGACACAGCUGAAGGGCAAGAAAUCUCAACAUACAUUCAACCUUCAACUGCUCCAGAAGUCACAACAGUACAAACUGAAGCUCUUGCACAACAAGAGAUCGAUAAUGAAGUUGUUUCUGAAGCCAAGCAACCAGAAAGGAUCAUCCCAAAAGAAGAAACUGGUCGUGUAGGCUUAGGGAAUGAAAAGUACCCAAGCGUUCUAUCAGAUUCUGUGACCACACCUUCACAAGACAAAACUGCUAUUGUAAUAGAGCCUUCUGCUGCAACCCCUGAAGAAACUAUUGAUGAUGAAACCGCCACUGGGAAAGAAAGUGCACCUCUACCAACAGUAUGUAAAGAGGAAUUCCAGAGUAAAGAAAUUACGCAAGAAGUACCGCUUGACAAAUCCACACUAGAAAUGAAUGUGACUGAAGUGGUAACCUCGAUUUCUCCACCUGUCCCUGUGGAACUUCAGUCUGGUCAUGAUGAAUUAUGCACAGAUGUUCCCAUUCAAAUUGACCAACCAAUAGAUUUAGAUGGACACAAGCAAGAAAAACCGAAGGGUGCACCACCAGGUGAUACAUUUGAUGAAGCAACCGGUCAAGAUGUGGGAAAACCACUCUUUCAGAGAAUUAAAGAGAAAACGAAAGAAUUUUUCAGCUCAAAGUCUGAAAAUGUAGAAACUGAAAGAUCAAUCCCAGCAGAUACUGAUUCUCAAUCAAAUGAGGUCGACUCAUUCAAAGCCACUAAAGUAGAUGAUAAGGAACCUACAGCACAUGUAAAAGAUAUAGAACUCACAGUAGAACAACAAGUCACUGAUGCCCUUGUUACAACCGAGACAAUUAUUGUAACUGAAUCUGAAAUUUCAGCAAGUGUCAAAACUGCUCAAAAUCAAGAAAACAUUUGUGAACCAACAGAGACUCCAGAAUGUUUGAAAACUAGUUCCACAAAAGCUUUGCCGAUCACAAGCAUUCCUGAAGUCAGUCAUGAUGUAGAAAUCAGCAUCAAGUUGUCGAAUACGGAAAUGUUACCAACAGAUGCGUCAGACACAUCACAUUCUGAAGACAAUAAAUUGGCUGCAGAUUCUUCAAAGGAUGUUGAUGAUUUGACAAAAGAAUUCGAUGCUCAACCUUCAUCAUCUGGAGACAAACAAGACAUAUUAACGACGAUUAACGACCUUACAGUGGUAUCAGAAGAAGAGAUCAAAGAAGCAAAAUUGAGCACUAGGUUAGAAGCUGAAGUGGUUUUAGCAAGUCUGGAAGAAACUGGUGACGAAACGGUUAAAAUCAAAGACAAAGCUGUUACCAAAUCGACUGAUGUCAUCACACUAUCCGUUGACAUUGAGACGAGAGAAGCAAUAAUUGAAAAAGAUCAACAAAAGGAAAGUGACAAUGUAAUUGCACCAUCUGAUACCGCGAGUGAAAAUCGUCCAUUAAGUGACGAAACAAAGGAUGAGCAAGGUGACAAAGCUGAGACAACUAAGAUCAUUGCAGCAAGUGCUCAAGACAUGCAACGAGUGGAGGAGAUCGGAGAACGCAAGGAAACAAUUAAAACACCCGAUGAAGCUGGAUUAACAGUAAUGAAAGACAAAGCUGAAGGGCUAGAAAUCUCAACAUACAUCCAACCUUCAACUGCUGCAGAAGUCACAACAGUACAAACUGAAGCUCUUGCACAACAAGAGAUCGAUAAUGAAGUUGUUUCUGAAGCCAAGCAACCAGAUAGGAGCAUCCCAAAAGAAGAAACUGGUCGUGUAGGGUCAGGGAAUGAAAAGUACCCAAGCGUUCUAUCAGAUUCUGUGAUCACACCUUCACAAGACAAAACUGCUAUUGUAAUAGAGCCUUCUGCUGCAACCCCUGAAGAAACUAUUGAUGAUGAAACCGCCACUGGGAAAGAAAGUGCACCUCUACCAACAGUAUGUACAGAGGAAUUCCAGAGUAAAGAAAUUACGCAAGAAGUACCGCUUGACCAAUCCACACUAGAAAUGAAUGUGACUGAAGUGGUGACCUUGAUUUCUCCACCUGUCCCUGUGGAACUUCAGUCUGGUCAUGAUGAAUUAUGCACAGAUGUUCCCAUUCAAAUUGACCAACCAAUAGAUUUAGAUGGACACAAGCAAGACAAACCGAAGGGUGCACCACCAGGUGAUACAUUUGAUGAAGCACCCGGUCAAGAUGUGGGAAAACCACUCUUUCAGAGAAUUAAAGAGAAAACGAAAGAAUUUUUCAGCUCAAAGUCUGAAAAUGUAGAGACUGACAGAUCAAUCCCAGCAGAUACUGAUUCUCAAUCAAAUGAGGUCGACUCAUUCAAAGCCACUAAAGUAGAUGAUAAGGAACCUACAGCACAUGUAAAAGAUAUAGAAACCACAGUAGAAAAACAAGUCACUGAUGCCCUUGUUACAACCGAGACAAUUGUUGUAACUGAAUCUGAAAUUUCAGCAAGUGUCAAAACUGCUCAAAAUCAAGAAAACAUUUGUGAACCAACAGAGACUCCAGAAUGUUUGGAAACUAGUUCCACAGAAGCUUUGCCGAUCACAAGCAUUCCUGAAGUCAGUCAUGAUGUAGAAAUCAGCAUCAAGUUGUCGAAUACGGAAAUGUUACCAACAGAUGCGUCAGACACAUCACAUUCUGAAGACAAUAAAUUGGCUGCAGAUUCUUCAAAGGAUAUUGAUGAUUUGACAAAAGAAUUCGAUGUUCAACCUUCAUCAUCUGGAGACAAACAAGACAUAUUGACGACGAUUAACGACCUUACAGUGGUAUCAGAAGAAGAGAUCAAAGAAGCAAAAUUGAGCACUAGUUUAGAAGCUGAAGUGGUUUUAACAAGUUUGGAAGAAACUGGUGACAAAACGGUCAAAAUCAAAGACAAAGCCGUUACCAAAUCGACUGAUGUCAUCACACUAUCCGUUGACAUUGAGACGAGAGAAGCAAUAAUUGAAAAAGAUCAACAAAAGGAAAGUGACAAUGUAAUUGCACCAUCCGACACCAUGAGUGAAAAUCGUCCAUUAAGUGACGAAACAAAGGAUGAGCAAGGUGACAAAGCUGAGACAACUAAGAUCAUUGCAGCAAGUGCUCAAGACAUGCAACGAGUGGAGGAGAUCGGAGAAAGCAAGGAAACAAUUAAAAAACCCGAUGAAGCUGGAUUAACAGUAAUAAAAGACAAAGCUGAAGGGCUAGAAAUCUCAACAUACAUCCAACCUUCAACUGCUGCAGAAGUCACAACAGUACAAACUGAAGCUCUUGCACAACAGGAGAUCGAUAAUGAAGUUGUUUCUGAAGCCAAGCAACCAGGUAGGAUCAUCCCAGAAGAAGAAACUGGUCGUGUAGGGUUAGGGAAUGAAAAGUACCCAAGCGUUCUAUCAGAUUCUGUGACCACACCUUCACAAGACAAAACUGCUAUUGUAAUAGAGCCUUCUGCUGCAACCCCUGAAGAAACUAUUGAUGAUGAAACCGCCACUGGUAAAGAAAGAGCACCUCUACCAACAGUAUGUACAGAGGAAUUCCAGAGUAAAAAAACUACACAAGAAGUACCACUUGACCAAUCCACACUAGAAAUCCCCCCAGAUACUGAUUCUCAAUCAAAUGAGGUCGACUCAUUCAAAGCCACUAAAGUAGAUGAUAUGGAACCUACAGCACAUGUAAAAAAUAUAAAACUCACAGUAGAACAACAAGUCACUGAUGCCCUUGUUACAACCGAGACAAUUAUUGUAACUGAAUCUGAAAUGUCAGCAAGUGUCAAAACUGCUCAAAAUCAAGAAAACAUUUGUGAACCAACAGAGACUCCAGAAUGUUUGAAAACUAGUUCCAAAGAACCUUUGCCGAUCACAAGCAUUCCUGAAGUCAGUCGUGAUGUAGAAAUCAGCAUCAAGUUGUCGAAUACGGAAAUGUUACCAACAGAUGCGUCAGACACAUCACAUUCUGAAGACAAUAAAUUGUCUGCAGAUUCUUCAAAGGAUAUUGAUGAUUUGACAAAAGAAUUCGAUGUUCAACCUUCAUCAUCUGGAGACAAACAAGACAUAUUGACGACGAUUAACGACCUUACAGCAGUAUCAGAAGAAGAGAUCAAAGAAGCAAAAUUGAGCACUAGGUUAGAAGCUGAAGUGGUUUUAGCAAGUCUGGAAGAAACUGGUGACGAAACGGUAAAAAUCAAAGACAAAGCUGUUACUAAAUCGACUGAUGUCAUCACACUAUCCGGUGACAUUGAGACGAGAGAAGUAAUAACUGAAAAAGAUCAACAAAAGGAAAGUGACGAUGUAAUUGCACCAUCCGACACCGUGAGUGAAAAUCGUCCAUUAAGUGAAGAAACAAAGGAUGCACAAGGUGACAAAGCUGAGACAACUAAUAUCAUUGCAGCAAGUGCUCAAGACAUGCAACGAGUGGAGGAGAUCGGUAAAAGCAAGGAAAACACUCAAGAACCUGAAGCGGUUGCUUUAUCCGUACGUAACAAUAUAAUUAAACCUUUUGAAAAAUCCGCAGGCAUCCAACCGUCUAAUGUUAAAAAAGUCACACUUGAACUGAAUGUACUUUCUGCAGAUGAAAAAAUUAAUGAUGAAGAAUCCUCUGACAUUGAGCAGGGUGCUUUGAUUACGCUAGACAGUGAAAAGUCACUCACUGGAGAUCCCUUUGCCCUGAGUAAAACCUCUUCAGAUAAACCGACUGAAACAAAAGAAGUUCCUUCCAUUGCAACAUCUGAAAAGACUGUCAUUGACACUGACACCACAAAAACCAGUGAACCCCAGCACGUAACGUCUGCUCUGGAAGUGUGCGAUGAAAGAUUAACCCAACCAGAAAGUGAUACUCUAAAAUCUCCCCCUGAAAUGAACGAGGUUGAAGCAGUCACAUCUCUUUUACCACCUUCCACUGAUGAUAUGUAUUCUGCUGUUGAGAAAACUUACAAAGAUAGAGCACACAAACUUGAAAAGAGCUCGUUAGAAUCAGUUGCUUCUGUGGAGAGUGAAAAAAGAGAGGCAAAUAGUACACCAUUCGUGGAGGAACAACUUCAAAAGGAGAGGACAAAAUCUGUUAUUGAUAUAAUGAUAGAAAAAGCUCAAGGCAUUUUAACUGACAAGUCUGACAGUGAGGAAGAUGACACAGUUUUCCCAGAAGCUGAAGUCCAAAAUUACGAGACUGAUACAUCUGAAACCACAUCUGGUAUGUCUGCAGAGAGCAUCAAAGAAACUGCACGUGAUGUUCAUGGUAAUGUUGAAGAGAAAAUUGUUACCAAUGGUGAGGUCGUUUCAGAAUUAACAUCUCAUGGGCAAGAAAUUUCAGUUGAUAUUACGCUUACCGCUCAUCCAGACAAUGCCCCUCAGCCAAUUGUACAUUCUGAAGAAGUCACAUCUACAUCACCAUCUGCCAGUGAUGAAAUGCAGGCUGAUCUUGACAAGAUGUGCACAGACGAAUCGAGCAUGCACAAAAUAUAUUCGAAAGAAGUAUUUUUUUCUGUGGAAAAGAAGAAUACUAAUUCAGAUACAGCAGAAGGAUUGGAUGAUGCACCGCAUCAUAGAGAGAGGAAAAAAUCAAUAUUUGAUAUUAUUAUAGAAAAAGCUAAGGACAUAAUUCAUGGACCAUCUGAAAGUGAGGUAAUUGAAUCAGUCUCCCAAGAAGAAAUUGAAGCCAAGGAUAAAAAGAUUGAUACACUUGGUACCACGUCUGAUCAUACUUUAGAGCUGCAUGUGAAAACUACGCAACAUGUGAAUGUUACUGCAGAUGAGGAACUCGAUCAUGCCAGUGAUGUAAUGUGUUCAAAUGUUAAAGCGGUCAGCACCACUACUUGUCCAGAAAGUACCCCUGUACCAAGCGAGACUUCUGCAGUUAAAGAAUUAAAUGAUGAAGAACACACUAAUAUCGCACAUUUUGCUUGGACUGUUCCAGAGGUAGAAUUUGGAAUUAUAAAAUCCGAUGUUAAAAAGUCGAGCGCUGACAAAUCAGUUCCCUUCACUGCAAUCUCUUCAGUUGAAUCUAGUGUUGAAAAAGAAGAGUUUUUCACAGUAACAUCUCGAAAUACCAUCAGUGACACUGACACAACAAAAAUAAGUGACUCCAGGUGUAGUACGUCUGAUCUGGAAGUGCGCAGUGAAGGAGUAACCCAACCAGAAAGUGAGACUCUCAAAUGCCCACCCGAAGUGAGCGAGGCUGAAGCAGUCGCAUCUCUUUUACCGCCUUCCACUGACAAAAGUGAUUCUGAUCUCGAUAAAACUUGCAAAGACAUAGCAACCGAAGUUGAGAAGACCACAUUAGAAUUAGUUGCGUCUGUUGAGGCUGAGAAAAUAGAGGCAGAUGCAGCCGAAUUUGUAGAUGAAAAACUGAAUGAAAAGAGGAAAACAUCAAUUGUUGAUAUUAUCAUAGAAAAAGCAAAAGGUAUGUUUACUGACAAGUCUGACAGUGAGGAAGAGGACUUAGGUUUCCCAGAAGAAACUGAAGUUCAAGAUUAUGAGACUGAUACAUCUGAAACUACAUCUGGUUCAUCUGCAGAAAGUGAAAAAGUAAUAACAGAUGUGGUUGUUUCAAAAUUAAAAUCUGAAGGGCAAGGAAUUGCAGUUGAUGAUGAGCUUAUUACAGAUUAUGUAAAUGAAGCAGCGGCAUCUAUCUUACCGGUUUCCUCCGGAGAAAUCCAUGCUGAUCUUGACAUAGCAUGCACGGACGAAUCAAGCAGGCAAAUAGAAACAUCAAGAACACUGCUUUCUUCUGCGGAAAAUAGGAAUACUCAUUCAGACACAACAGAAGUAUUGCAUGAUCAACCAUCUCAUAGAGAGAGGAAAACAUCCAUUAUUGAUAUUGUCAUCGAAAAAGCUAAAUGCAUAAUUACUGGGCCAUCUGAGAGUGGCGUAACAGAGACAACCUCCCAAAAACAAAUUACAUCUGAAGAUGAAAAGGUUGAUACACCUGAUGGCACAUCUCAUGAUACUUUGGAAGUACAGGCAACAACUAUUCAACUUGUGCAUGCGAUUGCAGAUGACGAAAUUAUUAAUGCCAGUCAUGUAACCACUGUGAAUAUAAAUGCAGUUAGCACCACCACUCAUCCAGAAAGUACCGUUAUAACAAGCGACACUUCUACAGUCAAAGAAACAAAUGAUGACGUACGCUCAGAAAUUACGCAUACUUCCUGGAAUAUUCCAGAGGUAGAAUUCGGUAUUGUAAAUGCUGAUACUAAAAAGUCAAGCAAUGCAGAGAAGGUUACUUUGACUACAAUCUCUUUAGACAAACGCGUGGUUACAAUAAGGUCUUCCUUGGCAACUGCCAGUGAUACUGAUGCCACAAAAAUAAGUGAAGCCCCGUGUUUAACAUCUGAACUGGUAAAUGAAAUUGGUCCAGUUGCAAGGCUUGAAGAGACUGUGCACGAUACCACCACCGCCAAAGAGGAAACUGAAGCUCUCAUUUCACCACUUGAACUAAAUGCGGCUGAAGAUAGAGCAUCUAUCUCACCCUCGGCAACUGACGAAAUGGAUGCCAAUCUCUUUGACAUGUAUGUAGACGAAACAACCAAACUAGUAAACGUCUCUUGUGAAUCGGUUGUCUCUGCAGAAACUAGGAAAAAUAGGAUGGAUACAAAAGAAAGAGUCUACGAAGAACCACACCGUAAAGAGAGGAGCAAAUCUCUAAUUGACAUUGCCAUAGAAAGAGCCAAAGACAUGUUUGCUGGACCAACUAAUCGAGAGGAAUAUGAGUCAGUCUCCCAAAAAGAAAUUGAAGACGGGGACGAUGUGACCGACACAUUUCAUACUGCAUCUGAUGUCACUGCAGAAAGUCAUCAAGAAACUAUACAUCGUGAAGUUAGUUUAAGCAAAGAAAGUGCUGAAACUAUUGAUGCAACCGUUUCAAAUUUCCAAGCAGAUAAAGUGGAAGGAGCAGUCGAAAACGAGAAACCUACUUCAGAAAUCAACACUGCGCUAAUUUUGACAUCUCAAGAAGUCGAAAUAAAGAACGAAGAAUUCCCCGAAGCCACAACUUCUUCAGGCAGUGUCCCAGUUCGGAAAGGUGAAACUCACGUUGCACAGUCAGUUCAGAUUCUCAGUGGUGCUCACAGCAUCAAAGAAUAUGCCCCUCAGAAUAGAGCGUUUACAAUGGAGGUUCAUCAUAAAGAAAUGAAAGAAAUGGAUGACCAAGAAGAAAAUGAUGCAGUUUCUACACUGAAUAAAGACGAGGAGGAAAAACUGGAAGAAGAAUUUAAAGUUAAAUUACAUCAGUCAGAACCAACAUCUACCAAGAUGCAUGAUGCUCUGCCCACAACUACAAAGGCCAUCACCAACAUCAGCACCUCUUCUGCACUUGACGUCGCAAGUGCACCACGAGCCACAGAAACGCCGACAAAAGAACAAGAAUUACCCACACACAUCCCACGUGAUAAUCCUGAAGAAAGUUCCACGACGGUAACAAGGGUUUACGUUGACAACACGUGCAUUGAGGAGGAAGUUUACAUUGUUACAUUCAUCUCUACAAUUUGUAAGUCAUCUGCAGAUGCAUUGACCUCUGAGGAAGAAACAUCUCGUGAUUCGCAGAAUUCCACGUUGUAUGACGUCUCAAUCCUUCAACAAAUAGAGACACCUAUUGAAAAUCAACAAACAUUUAGCACAAUGUCUGAGCAACACAAACACGAUCAGCCAAAUGUGCUAGAAGACAAUGUAUUCCUUGCACAUGACCAACCUCAAAAGACAAUCGAUGGGUCAACAUUUGAAGGAGGAAAGCCUGAAGCUGAUAGAAACCAGAGCAAACCUUCUUCAUCCACUGAGGAAUGCAUGACGUAUUUGAAAAACACAUUGAGUCCAACAGGGAGUGAAGUUAAAAUAACAUUCGUAAACAAAGAAGACGUGGACAUUAUUUACAUAAGGCCUGCUCGAAAAAGUGUCUCGGUUGAAGUGCAUCAAAGUGCGAGUGGGAAGGAUUGUCUAGCACAUCUUUCCUCUGCCACGGAAGGUGUCACACACGAAUCAACAGAAGCGUCCUCCACACACACCCAGAAGCAGGGCACUGAAAACUCACUGACGGAAACUGGAGCAACCACAACAGAAGGGUCAUUCGUUGUAACCACGGCAUCUACAGAGGAGACUAAGGCUUUUGCUUUGAGGUCAAAAGAGACCCCUCAUGACACUUCUCCCGUUACAGAAACUGUAAUGCAUGACUGGGAAGAAGUUACCACUUGCAAAGAUGAUCAUCGGGUUGUUGACCCUGUAGGAGAAGUCAAAGAGCCUUCAUUAACGACUGCCACAUCAACAUUGGUCACUGCUCCGCUUAAAUUUUACCACGAGGAAACAUUUUCAGAUGGAGCGACAAAACACAGAGACGGUUCAGAAUUAUUUGCCGAAGUGAAAAUUGAGCCGAGAGAGGAAGAACGUGUCAAAGAGCCACCUUUCAAACAAAAGGAAGCCAUUGGAAAGGCCGAAGAACUCAUUAGUGGAAGCAAUGUUGCCUUAACACAAGAAGAGACCUCAAAACUUCUCAGUGAAACAGAAGAACAAUGUGACUCAGGAAAAGGAACUGAAAAACAUACAUUACAGGAAACACUUUCAAUCGUCACUGAUAAAGAAUGCAACUACGAUGAUGAUGAAGAAUCGUUUCAUGCAAAUACAGCACCUGCUUCUGUGCAAUAUCAAAUUCAGGAUCAUGAUAAAUCAACAAUACAGUUACCUCCUGAUCAGUCCACGAGUCAAGGAGAUGCACAAACAUCUUUCAUUGGCAGGAUCAUACAGACAGCUAAAAGUUUGUUAACUGGAAAAUCUGAGUCAGACCAGGAAGACACCUCAAACUCUCAAUUAACUACAGAAAUACAUGCUGACACAGGAGAUGCAUCUGUUUCCAUUUCAGAAAAUGAGAAAGAAUCAACAUGUGGUAAAGAUACGGCAGAGAGUAAGAUCGCCGCCGAUGCUGCUGCCACAGAUGCAGAAGAAUAUGGAUUGUCAUGGAAUAUCACUCAACACGUGUCUUUUGCCGCUACUGAAACCACUGAUUUAAACAUAUUUCUUGGCCAGGGACAAUGUAUCAAUGUAAAAGAUGAAUUAGCGUAUACGAAUGAUAAACAUUACAUUUCGUCAAUAACAGACCAAGGAGAACGAAAUGAACUCGCAUUGACAGAAGAUCCAUCAAGUGAGAGUAGAACUGAUGAAACAACUGAAGUCCUAGUAGAAGAUGAAACUAGACAAGACCAUGCAGAUAUGAUGAAAAGACGGUUAAUGAGUUGCACCGGGGAUGAAACGCAGAUUUCAUUUGUCUACAUCGAUGACACAGAAAUAAUGUAUGUAAAACCAGCUCGAAAAGAUUCAGCUGCUUGUCUCGUUGAUGAAGGAUAUGAAGUUGCCAGUGGAAAAGACCCCGAAGCAUCCACUCAAUAUUUGGAUCAACAUCAGCAGUUUGGAAUGAUGGAACCCCACGUACACAUAGAGUAUAGUGAGAAGGAUAGUCAUACAAGUACAGCAGCUGUCUCUGAUUCCUCCUGUGUAGAUACAUGGGUGCAUGCAUUUAAGGAACUUGAAGCAGAAUUGGAGGACUCUAAAAGCAAAGCUGAAGCUGAUGAUUUUACAUUCUGGAGAGAGGAUUCCAAGGAAAUUACAGAAAUACCAUCCUUUGUCCAUCCUACCUCAACUGAUGAACGUCCUCUCGCUGAACUAAACACAGCCUUGACAACAGAAUCCGCUGAAAUGAAGAAUGGACCAGAAUUGCAAUCAUCAAUAUCACAUACAACCUUCAAUAAAAUCCACCUCCAUUAUCCCGAGAGCAACACGGAACAUACAGAAGAGGAGCGGGAGAUUGAGACCUUGUCUGCAGCCAUUGCCUCCACGGCAUGUGAACAAGGAAUUAAUACAAGUAAAGAAUUGCUGAAACGUUCAAAGGCUUCCAUUAAACCAGACAUUAUUCUUGUGCAUACUGCCAAAACAGGAAUUGGUCAUCAAGAAACUUCCAUACACACAACUGCUUUAGCAGCUAAAGAGGAUACUAAAGAUGAAAGUUAUUUAGUCAAUGUAGAUUCACCACGCAUUGAAAGUAAAUUAGCCGCCGAUUCCUCUGAAGGUAACGCUGCACACGCGGCUGAAACGGGAUUCGAUGCACAAACUGAAGAGGGCCAGGAAACAGCUUCUACUGCAGACACGAUUGAUGUUCCGCCUGAAAAAUUAAAUGAACUCGAAAUCGAUGGCACUAAUGUUGAAGCGACAACUCGGACUGCUGCAUCGGUGCGAGUCGACACAUUGUUAAAAUCUACUGUCACCGCCGAAAGUCCUCCUGAUCACCAUGACAAUUGUAAGGAUGCAACUACUGAAAGCGAAGAGUGCCCCUCGGAUUUUGUGGAUGAUCAACUGCAAGAGGUAGAUAUAAAUAAAACGUCUUUUAUUACACGAACAAUACAAAAGGUGAAAGACAUUUUCAUUGGAACGCCAGUUAACGAGGAGACGCAGUUGACACGUCAAGAAGAUUUGGAAGCAAACACUGGUGAGCUGGAGACAAUCACCAGAGCGAAAGAAAGUCCACAUUCUCAGCUUCAAGUUGAAGCUGGCGACACCAGAGAUUUGGAAAAAGAAGUAAAACAAACAGAAGAAUUACACGCUGGUGCCCAUUCUCAUCCUGAUCAAGAAGUUAAUGUGGUCACGGACCCCAUUGCUGACGAAGGUAUAACUGUUGGGGGAAGCACUAGAAGUACAACCGAUAAUUUCAUUAUUCAGUGGCCAGAGCGUGUUAAUCCUUUUAAUGACAUGAGUAUAUCUUUAUCUGAUAGUGCUGUGACAAUAACUGUAGCCCCAAGAGAUGCAGCUGCUAAUGUGCUGGAGAAGCAAGAUAAUGCACCAUCGGACAUAUCUCUAAAAGAUGCCACCACAGGGGAAUCUGCAAAAGCUACGCAUUCAGAAUCUGAUGAAGAAUUUCACGAUUGUUUGACUGUUUUGGAAGAAUUCCCUAUGCCUGUUAUAUCAAAGGAUGCGGUUGAGCACCCUAAACGGUCAGAAUCAGUGUUUACUGAUAAGAUUCCUCCUCAUCACCUUGAAGCAUAUACACAAAUUAUAACCACACCUGAAGAAAAUUUAGUUAAAGGUCCAGAAACAAGUACAAACAUUUUAUCCGCGGUUGAUGCGGAAAAUCUUAAAAUAUCAGAAGCACCACAGUUCUCACCAGAACUCAGAGAUGAAGAUUUUCCCCAUGACAUUAAUACUUCUGAGGCAGUUCACCAAUCAGACACUAGCAUCAUAUUAUCUGAUGCUGAACAAGUUAUAAAAAGACCAUCUGUAGAGAGCCAUGCAUCUGACUUAGAUAGGACAUUUUUCAUAGAAAGUAAUGUCUAUAAGGGCCAAUUCAGUAUUUCAGAGAAAAUUGUGAAUGAGUCAGAAGCAGGAUUGUCAGACAGCGGUGACAGAGGCAAUCAAAUCGCACGUGAAUUGGACAAAAGCUGCACCACUACAGAGCAGAUGAUACCCACAGAGACAAAAGUGAACACGUAUGACACAACUGCUCCUCGAGACGAAACUCCCAAAACAACACGCAAGCAGUCCUUUAUACAAAGCCUCCAGAGUUUGCUUCCAUUUGGUGACAAGACAGCCGUGAAAUCAGACCAUGCGACGAGCACAGACGUCAGUGAGCCUGGGCAAGUCACGUGCGAGGCGGCUGAAAAUUGCACGGAAGAAACAAGUCACCCGGCAUUAAGGGACAAGGCACAGCAAACCACAAACGAGCAGCCACUGCAUCCAUCACACGCUGCCACUGACAAAGUAACAUCUGAAGAUGUUGCGCCCAAGAGCGACGGGACUGCAGAUGCGCAGAGCAGUGAAACACACAAGGCAAGUCAGACGUACAGCAGGCAUUUAACAUCCUCAAUCAUUUGCGAAUGCAUGAUGCAGCCGGAAAUUACUACAACAUCUAAGCACGACAUGCAAACACAAAAAGCCACAGAAAUCACACAAGACUGCCCGGUGACCAAACAAAGCAAAGCAACGGACGAAUACGGACAAGCGACAUUUUCACCUUCCUCUCAGCUGCUUUCAAUUAAAGAAGUUGGUCACCAAGUGAAAGAGCACUUAUUCAGUCUAAUGAAGCAGUCGCCUGGCAAGCACGAAGCUGAAUUCGCCAGCAGCGAGAUAGAGAACGUGGUGGACAGCUGCGCCCUGGCACUGAAAGUACUGGCUCCCGAUGCCCAACAGGAGCGCCACGUGAGUUCAAUCACCCAGACGCUCAUUAAACACUCCUCGCUCGGGACACUCACGGCCACGGCGGAGGCGGCGUCGCUCCUGAAGAAGCACCCAACGGACCCGGCGGUAGGCGCUGCGGUCUCCGUGUUGGCCGUCUGCACCGCCGUCGGAGAGGCUCUCAAUUUAUUCUGUAUCAAGACCACGGGUGAAACGUUGUCUCAGUGCUCGUGUUCAUCCCUUCCCGCCGAGGCAAUGAGUGAGGAGCUCAGGAUGGUGGUGCACGGACUCCUGCACGACGACGGGAGUGGCCGUCGGCCACCGGGCACCGUGGCCACGUUGCGAAGAGCCGCUCUGGGGGUUGCCGUGACUCUCAGCGCAUAUGCCGUGCACCUGCAGACCCCCAGCGACGAGCAGACGGGCUCCAUCGCAGUGUUCAUACGGCAGCUGUGGAACGCCGAGCAGCGAGGGCGCGCGGGCAGAACGUGUGCGCCGACGUCACCCGAAGUAUCACCACAGCCACGGACGGCAUCAACCCAACCGCGAGAAACAUCAACCACCCAGCUACCAGCGACAUCAACCCAAACAUCAUCAGCAGCAGCAUCAUUGCCAGCGCUGUCCGUCGAGACGUGCACUCUCUUGGAACGCCUCCGUUCGAGCAGAGGUCCCCUGGCCUCGACUCUGGGCUCGGUGGCCGCCGCCGUGCUGAUGGCGACGCGCCUCGCCGAGGAGGGCGACCCCACGCUGGUGGACGAGAUGGUGCGGCACAUGGCGUGUGGCUGCUGCCACCAUGCGUUCGACACCGUGGCACACCUCGUGCCGUGAAUGGCGCUGUGGCAGGAACGAGAUUGCCGCUAGCAGUGUACCGAAGCGUGCACACGCUCCAGGCUCCGGCGGAUGUCUCACGUCUAGGCUUGCCGCCUGUCACGCUCUUCUCCCAGCUGUUUCCAUUUUUUUGUGGUUAGUUGUCCUCGGAAAUCUGUCAGUCCUGCCAGGACAAUGACAGUCCCCAUUUCUGUCAAUUGCGUGAAAUAAUACACCUCUCAAGAGAUGCAUUUACCUAUAGUUAUCCCCUCUACGGGAAUUGUGAGAUAUCCCCCCCCCCCCCCCCCAUAUGUCUUCAUUUUUUCUACAGCACAGGUGGCAACCAUAUACCACACGUAUCAUGUCUUGGGUGAAAAUUUUGAUGGGACUUAUUUUUUUCUGCAACACCAAAAACUGAAAUUCACGUGAAGAAGGUCACUGUGGCUGCUUUGGAAUGCCUGGCGAAUGUGACGGGCAAAGCAUCAGCUCAUUGUUAUCGUUGGCCGUUGCCGCCAUCUUGCUUGCAGUCAACGUUCAGUCGGUGCCACUGGAAAUGACCUCAUGGCCAUUCAGUGAAAGAUGUUGGCGUGGUUUAUUUUUUACAGAACUACAAAAUGAUAACGCAAUAAUUUUUUUGUUAUUUUUAUGUCAUUUGCAGAUGAUUGAGGUAUGCGGAAUUAACGAAAUAGAGAAUGAAAACACAUUUCGUUUUUUUGUUUAAGUUCUGCAAUGACUGCAUUGCAGUCAUUUCAUAGGAUGCAGUCAUUGUAAUGAAAAGCCAACCGAAAUUGUGCAUGAAGGAGAAACUAUUGGUCUGUGAAUGACAUUUAAUGGAAUCUUAAUUGUGCAUGAAGGGGGGAAUUUGAUUGGUAUGAUUUUAAUAAGGUUUACUAAUUAGGUCAUUAAUAAAAACACUCAAUAGUUUAAGAUGAUAGAAACAUUUUUCUUCAAGAUAUACUUUAUAAACCAUAGAGAAAUUCCACAAGUAUGUUAUGUCAGUAACAACAACAAAAAAGACUAAUUUUAGGAAGUUAAGAAUGAUAAUCAUGUCAGAGUUGCGCUGGCACAACUGAGAAGCUGGAUUCUAAUCUAGGCAGCUGCCUGCGAUUCAACCGGGUUCUCAAGUGUGGCACUUUGAUGGUCUCGGCGGCCUGGUCAGUAAUGCUGCACAAAAAACAAUAAUAUUAAAUUUAGUUCUGCACUUAAUGUAGCUAAAAUCCAACUCUCAGAACUAGAUAUAUCGGCUUUACUGUCGUGUGAUGAAUGUUAUUCAUCAAUAUGCAGAGCAGGUAGGAAAUUGCUGCCCUCUACUGUAUAGAUCAACGGUCACUGGAAGAGAUCUCAGAGGUAGCUCUGUGAUAUCCACUUCCAUGGACCGUUAUCUAACCUGAAAGGAUUGCACUGCUCUGCGAGAGUUGCUAAUGGAUUCUUUGUCUUACGAUGCGACCCCGAUAACACAAUCAGGAUCAAAUUGGGUGACUUUUUCAAAGAAAGAUGAUUGUGUAGUUGCAAGGAACAUAACAUCCACAAAUAUGUUGACAAGAUAACAAUUGGUCUAUUUGUUUCUGCUGUACCUGACACAUUUGUGGAAUUAUCUCAAACCUUGUGGUAAAUUCUAAUUUCUUGUUUUCAGCAAAAGUUCAGCAGGCCGAGUGACCCUGGGAAAAAGGUGGUAUAGCUCAACGGGCUUUAUUUGGGAAAUAAUCUUAUGAACUUGAUGAAAAUAGCAGUAACUGCCACAUUUCUCAAAAAUAACAACCAAAGAUUUACCAACAAUUCAUUUUUGGAUUAAAUCAUUUGUUUAAUGAAAUAUAUAAUGAAUCCUGUAUUAACGAAAUAGACGUAAGAAGGUGUUUGGCAGGGGUAAUGGUUACAUGAUGUGUCAAGUCAGAAGCUCGUGGCCCUAUGAGUGGUGGCCAUUGCUCACUGGUUACCUGUUUAGGAGCACUCAGCCGAGCUGUAAACAUUCAACUUUACCGUGACAACAUAAAGGCUCAAUAAGGAACAAAACAACCUCCGCUCACUUCCAUUGCCAGAUGAUGCAGCCUCAAGGUAUAGUGAUCACCUUACAGACUCUAGAUUCGGGAUUGUUUUUUACAUUCAAUUUACAAUGGAACAUUCGAUUAUGAUCCUGACCAGGAUUUGAAAUCUCGACCCAAAAAUUGUCAUUCUAGGUGAAAUGCAGAAACUGUAGCACGUGGGGCCCUGAUUCUCACAUUGUCAAAAGCUAAAUUUGGAGGUGGCCAUUUGAUUCCGUGGCCGACAUUGCCGAGGUCCCCUGACAUUCAAACCCGGGCAGUUUAUUCCAAAUUGAGUCCGAAUAAACUGUGUUCUCAAAUUCAGCGAGAUGAUGCCAUCUCAUCGGUCGCUUACAUUAAACUUGGCUUUUCAGUUAAUUUGGCAAAAUUUUAGCAGUGACAAUUUAAAAGAUACAUUUCGGUUUCACUGCCAUGUGACGAAGGUCUCUGCAGCAGGGUGCACGUGGAUGUGCAGCACGCCUCGUGUGGAUAAGAGGCCACUUGAAGGGAUGUCGGAAGAAGUUCUGUGAUAUCUCCUUCGACGGGCCGUUUUCUAACACGGGGUGAUGCGUUGCUCUGCGGCACAACUCCGAAUGGACAUUUGUUCGUCACGUGACAUGGCACUGUAGCACAAUCGGAAUUAAAUGAAAGAAGGCAUCAAUUGCCUCUUGAUGUUCAAGAUGUUAAUGCAUUUGACCAAAUCACCCAGAAUAUGCCAAAUUUCGUCAGAUCUCGGAAGCUAAGCAUGGUUGAGCCAUGGAUCGUGCUUCGAUGGCGACCAACACCUUGCACAACAGGUGUUAUAGGCGGCUGCGAGGGCUACGUCGUCAGCAUGGGGAAGUGCAGCAAAACCCAUUGUUGUACUGUACUAUGCUCCAACGUCUAUGCUCCCAACUUUCACUGACCAACUUGGUGAAGUAUGGUCAAACAACCCUGAAGAGCAGUCUGGCCUGGAGAGGCGCUUGUGCAUCAUCAAUACCACACCUCCCGAGACACAGAAGAAGGGCCCCAUGUUGAGCUUCUGCAAGCACCCUCGCUCACGUCCAGCGUUGUCGUCUAAGAUAAGCAAACACUGAACAAGAGUUGUCGACUACGAGGCUGUAUAUUUAAGGCAUCAUUGAGCAGAGCAGCAGGGUAGUGCUAUUUGUGGCGGUGGGCGUUUGCGGAGUGUAUGAUGUUCUUCAUGGUUGUGUAAAACCAACAUUGCUGUUUUACUUCUCAUGAUCAAGUACAGUUUUAUGAAACGCACUCCGAACCACUUUCAUCCACCUCAUAAUUUCAUCGUUUUAAUCCCGGUCCACCAUCAAUUAACAUCUCGGUGAUGAGAUGUUAAAUCCCUUGCCUGGUAUACAGGAGAUCGUGGGUUAGAUCCCGACCCUGACGUCUGUAUAUUUGGAGUUUGCGUGUUCUCCUCGUGGUAGCGUGGAUUUUUCUUCGGCUCCUCUGGUUUUCCCCUGCACAUUUAGAAUCAACAUGCGUUUACAGUAUUUGACUGAUAUACAUUUUUACGUGAUAAGCAACUUAAUUGAGCUAUUCCUUGUGGCCAGGUCGCUACUGAAAAAGAGCUGUGAAAGCUCAAUGGAUCUUACCUGUGUAAAAUAAAAAAAUUGACAAAAUUUGUCUGUCCCAGGCGCCUAGAUUCUGCUGUUGUUUUCCUCUCCAGUUGUACCCCUGCCACAUAUAUCUCCAGAUUUGUACGACAAAUUCGCAAUACAGAAAUUAACAAAGAUUUAACCCAUGACCAAAUAUUUUACUGUUCGUAGAAUGUUGACGUGCACUCAACCAUUACAGCCCAAGGGACUCUUGUUCACACGAACAGGAAUCAUCCCAGUUGGUGGUGCAUGCAUUUGUCUUUGCAUGUUUGUGUCUUUGCAUGUAUGGGCACAGUUGAAUUCAUAUUAAUAUCGACUGUACUCUGUUGUCGGAAAAUAAAGAGCGCAGAUUCUUGUUAA